AUGACACUUAUUGGAGCAUUAAAAUUGAAUUUGGGUGGUGGUGCAAUCAGCAAGACUUGCAGGUACAGGAUUAACAGAAUCAACCAAAGAUUCAGCUACAGCUAUAGCAAAAUAAUGUGUUGUUUUAAUUGUUUAGAUUAAAUGGAGUAUUUUAAGGUAGGUAAAUUCUUUAAAGGAUUAACAAGUGCUUGAGCAUGGGUCUGUUUUGAUGAAUUUAAUCGUAUCAAUAUCGAAGUCUUAUCAGUUAUUGCAUAAUAAUUAUUGAUUCUUUUUGGUUCACAUCUUGUAUUCUAAGUCUAUUACAAUGUGACUAUCAUAAGGAAUGAUGGAAUAUUUGCUUAUACUAUAAGAGAAAUAUGUAAAGAUUAAACAACUGAAAGAAAUUGGAUUAUGUUUGAUAGUCCUGUCGAUGCUAAAUGGAUUGAAUCUAUUAAUACUGUAUUAGAUCACAAUAAGAAAAUAUGUUUGAACUAAGCAUAAAAAAAUAUAGACUUUGACUCCAUCUAUGACUAUGAAUGA